AUGUCUUCUUCCAACCCUAUCACGUCUGAGAGCUCUGGCCAACAUCAGCCAGAUAAUGUGACAUUAUAUAAUAGACCCGAUGAUUACGAGGCCCUCUUCAAUAAGUUAGAUAUACAACAUAGUGGCGAAAUAACUAUACGAGAUUUCAAGAAGGCGUUGAGAGCAUUAAAACACCCUAUGAGUGACAAUCCAGAGUUGAUUCAAACUAUUUUUGAUUCUUUUGAUGCCAAUAUGGAUAAAGUCAUAGACUUUAAUGACUUCAAGAAGUACCUUACUGCGACUGACGAUCAGAUUUUGAAAGGCUUCAACAAAAUAGAUCAGGAUAAUGACGGCAAGUUGAAUAAAGCUGAUUUUGUCCACUAUUUAAAGCAAUCAUUACAUUUGUCACCAAGUGACUAUAAUAUUGAUUUGUUGUUCAAACAAAUCGAUUACAAAAACGAUGGUUACAUCACAUAUGAUGAAUUCAGACAGUUUUUGCUAUUGAUGCCUCGUUUGCAUGGUUCCAGAAUCAAGACUGCUUUUAAUUUCAUCGCUGAAGAGUUCGAUUUGUCAUCUGAUGGUGAUGUGACCCUAAUUAAUCAAUUCUUGAACGGUUUCGGAUUUUUCUUAGCUGGUGGUUUGUCUGGUGUUGUGUCUAGAACAUGUACUGCACCCUUCGAUAGAAUAAAAGUCUUCUUGAUUGCAAGGACCGACUUAUCCUCUACUGUAUUACAUUCCAAAAAAGAAAUUGCCCGUCAAAUAGCAGAUGGUGCCUCGCAGAAAGUUAUCGAAGAGGCCAGAAGAAAUCUCUUGUCAGCUGAAAGAGAUUUGGCUAGACAAGUUCAAGACAACCAUCCCAAGACUAUUAGAUCUCCAAUUAUCCAAGCUGCUAGGACGUUAUGGAAACAAGGAGGUUUCAAGGCAUUUUACGUUGGAAAUGGCUUGAAUGUUGUUAAGGUCUUCCCCGAAUCUGCUAUGAAAUUUGGUUCUUUUGAAGCAACAAAGAGAUUUUUGGCACGAAUUGAAGGAGUAGAUGAUACAGCCAAAUUAUCGAAAGUAUCCACGUAUUUGGCCGGUGGUAUUGGUGGUGUAUUCGCUCAGUUCACUGUAUAUCCAAUUGACACUCUCAAAUUCAGACUACAAUGCUCUAAUUUGGACUCUUCGCUCAAAGGAAAUGCAUUGUUAAUCGAGACCGCCAAAAACAUGUAUAGGGAAGGCGGAUUGAAGAUGUUCUACAGGGGACUUUUUGUAGGAGUAAGUGGUAUCUUCCCUUAUGCGGCUUUGGAUUUGGGAACAUUUUCAACCAUCAAGAACUAUUUGAUUAAACGUGAAAGUAAGAGAACUGGAAUAAGGGAGGAAGAUGUUCAACUAGCAAAUGUUGUGGUCUUAACACUCGGUGCAUUAUCUGGAACUUUUGGUGCUACAGUCGUAUAUCCAGUCAAUUUACUUAGAACCAGAUUACAAGCCCAAGGGACUUACGCUCACCCAUACAGAUAUGACGGAUUUUCAGACGUGUUGAAAAAAACUAUUGUUCGUGAAGGGUACCCAGGUUUGUUCAAAGGUUUAGUGCCAAAUUUAGCAAAGGUUGCUCCAGCCGUAUCAAUAUCAUACUUUAUGUAUGAGAACUUGAAACGACUCUUUGGUCUAAACAACGCUUUGUGA